GACGAAGUUUACGGCAUUCACUUCGACCUACGCGGCAGGGCAGGCGGCGGCGGUGCGGAGACCAUGAAUCGGGACCCCCCGCGCAGUGGGUACGACAACGACUUUCAUGAGAACGGCUACAAUGGCGUGGACGCAAGAAUGUAUGGAUAUGCCAAUGCCACCACGACUCAAUUCACCAGCCAUUCGUAUGGAAACGGAUAUGGCCAAGAAGUUCAGACAACGACGUCGAUGGCGCGGGGGUAUUUCGCGGACCAGAACGACAUGUACAUGCACGAGAAGCAACACGAGUACAUGGCGAGCAGUAGCAACAACCCCAACGAGCAGUAUCCGCAAGAGUAUGCCUACCAACCGGAACGGUACCCGAGCCACUUGCGACACACUGGUACGCGCGUCAGUCGGUCGUCAUUCACAUAUCCUGUCAUGAUGGAGCCGCCGUUGGACGGCACCAUGGAACCUUCGUCCCACUACGCGCCAACGAACCGAACGAGCAACAACAUAAACAGUUCGUUGACAAGGCCCCGCCAGCAGCGGCGCAAGGUGCUGCGUUUUCGCGACCAAAUGAUUGAAGAGUUUUCGACCGAAACAUACUUUCAAACGCCGUCUCGGCCGUCCAUGUACCCUUCCGGCGCGAGUUUCCGACUGUAUCAUCCCGAGGAACUGCCAUGUCCUGUGCUGGACCAACUCCCGCGCUCCGACGCCGUCACCAAACACUUGCGCAAUUGCAUGUUGAUGUCGGGCGAGCUCGGUGUGACGACACGGUGGACUCUAAUGCCGUCGACCAAGUUCACCAUGUGCGAAUUGUACCCGAACGAAAUGCUGAUUUGCCGCGACAAGACAAAGUCCAAAGGGAACGAACCGGUCGCGUUGACCGGGAUCAUGGUCGAGAUAUUGUCGCCGCUGUCGAUGAGUCUGCGGGUCGCACACACCCAAAAGGAGAUGGUCCGGCUAUCCGUGCGAGAAGGCCAGGAGUUAUUGCUGCAGGAAUGGUACUGGAUGCUGCAUGUGGCCAUGGCGAUGAAAGUCGACGUUGCGGACGCCAACGGCGGCAACGGAGCUGCCAAGAAGAAGGAGAGCAAGACGCGAAGCGUGUGGGUCGUGCGGUCCGUCGACGAAGACAACGAACCGGCGUACUCGAAAAAGGCGGCGCGGUACAUUUCGAACGCGCUGGCGGGGGCGGAGGUGCAGGUGCUGCACAAUGGCGAAGUCGGCAGUCGGCUGCUUGCCGAGCGCAUCAACGAGCACGUGCACGGGCGAACGCUGCGUGAAAGUGUGUUCCUUGGGCGUCAUGUGCUGGGUGAAGAUCAGUUUGCGAGUCGCGCGAUGCGUCGUAAAUUGGCGUACGAUCUGUUUGUCCAGCGCGGACGCAUCAAGCGCCUCGUUCUCGUCGUAGAAGAGGAGCUUCUGUCGUCCAUGGUCCAACGGGCGCAGGCAGCAAGCGAUUCCGACGAGCUCGGGAACGGGUUCAGCACGUCCAUGAUGGCCAUGUGCAACGGCGUCGAGUUCGCUGUCGACAUGAAGACGGGGGACACCAAGAUCGUGGCUGCGUUUGGGUAGCGACUGUCGACUACCACAACUAGAAACUAAUCCGUAAUAUGCGCACCAUGUCCAGGCAUGACGGUCCAACCCGCUAAAAUCGACUAACUCCGCUUCCAAGUCAAAUC